AUGGAUGUAACCGAGCUCGAGGAGAAUUUGUUCGCUGCUAGCGAUGCCAAGUUACAUGGAGAUAUGUGCAAGGAACUAUCUGCAGUUUAUUGCAAAGUAUUGUCGAUCUUCCCGUCGUUGGAAGAAGCAAGACCUCGGAGUAAAUCAGGGAUUCAAGCCCUGUGCUCCUUACACAUUGCACUUGAGAAGGCAAAGAACAUUCUUCAACACUGUUCCGAGUGUAGCAAACUUUACUUGGCCAUAACUGGGGAUGCUGUACUGUUAAAAUUUGAAAAAGCAAAAUCUGCACUUAUCGAUAGUCUUAGACGCGUGGAGGACAUUGUUCCUAGCUCAAUUGGGUCUCAGAUUUUGGACAUUGUUGGUGAACUAGAGCACACUAAGUUCUCGCUUGAUCCAUCAGAGAAGGAAGUUGGUGAUAGGAUAAUUGCUCUAUUGCAACAAGGCAAGAAAUUUGACAACGGCAGUGACAACGCCGAACUUGAAAUCUUUCACCAGGCAGCUACUAGACUCAGUAUAACCUCUUCUAGAUCAGCUCUAGCUGAGCGGCGUGCUCUGAAGAAACUCAUUGACAGGGCACGUGUGGAAGAAGACAAGCGGAAAGAGUCAAUUGUGGCUUACCUCUUGCAUCUUAUGAGAAAAUACUCCAAGCUUUUCAGAAGCGAAAUCGUUGAUGAGAACGACUCUCAGGGCUCGGCACCAUGUUCCCCCACCGGUCAAGGCCCUAACGAAGACCGUGUUCCUGCGUUUGGGCGUCAACUAUCGAAGUUUGGCUCUAUAAACUACAAGCCUAUGAACAGUAGGAAGUCAGGACAGACGCCCACUCCACCAGAGGAACUUAGGUGUCCGAUAUCUUUGCAGCUUAUGUGUGAUCCUGUCAUUAUUGCGUCUGGACAGACUUAUGAACGGGUCUGUAUCGAGAAAUGGUUCAGUGAUGGACAUAACUCUUGCCCCAAGACUCAGCAGCAGCUCCCACAUCUUUCUCUGACUCCCAAUUACUGUGUUAAAGGUCUGAUUGCGAGCUGGUGUGAGCAGAAUGGGAUCACAGUCCCUACUGGACCACCAGAAUCUCUCGACCUCAACUACUGGAGACUAGCCCUGUCUAACUCUGAAUCCGCUAAUGCGAACUCAGUUGAUAGUAUAGGAUCGUGCACACCGAAGGGUGUUAAAAUCGUUCCUUUGGAGGAGAGUAAUACUAAUGUAUCCGAACCACAGCACAAAGAAGUAGAAGUCAAUGCGCCUGAUGUCAAUAAUGAAGAGGAGAUCUCUGAUAUCAAUGUUCUAGAGAGGUAUCAGGAUAUAUUGGCAAUCUUGGACAAAGAGGAAGACUUGGCUAAAAAGUGUAAAGUAGUAGAAAAUGUCAGGCUACUGCUAAAGGAUGAUGAAGAAGCCAGGAUCCUCAUGGGAGCCAAUGGGUUUGUUGAAGCGUUUUUGCGGUUUCUAGGAUCAGCUGUUGAUGAAAACAAUGCAGACGCGCAGGAAACCGGAGCUAUGGCUCUAUUUAACUUAGCAGUCAACAAUAACAAGAACAAAGAGUUGAUGCUGGCUUCUGGAGUCAUCCCGCUGCUGGAGAAAAUGAUCACUUGUUCCCACUCCCAAGGACCAGCAACUGCGUUAUACCUAAACCUCUCCUGCCUCGAGAAAGCCAAGCCUGUAAUUGGCUCAAGCCAAGCAGUUCACUUUUUCGUCAGUCUUCUUCUUCAGGGAGAGAACACCGAAACCCAAUGCAGGCUGGACGCACUUCACGCACUCUACAACCUUUCCACCUACUCUCCCAACAUUCCCACUCUCCUUUCAUCUAACAUAAUUAAAAGCCUCCAAGUCCUUGCAUCAACAGGUGACCACUUGUGGACAGAGAAGUCAUUAGCAGUAUUACUAAAUCUAGCCUCUAGCCAGGAAGGGAAAGAAGAGAUGAUAUCAUCGCAAGGCAUGAUCAGCACUCUCGCAACGGUGCUAGACACAGGUGACACGGUCGAACAAGAGCAAGCGGUUUCUUGCCUUGUGAUCCUUUGCACGGGAAGCGAGCCGUGUAUCCAGAUGGUUCUACAAGAAGGAGUGAUUCCGUCUCUGGUUUCCAUCUCAGUGAACGGAAGUCCCCGAGGAAGAGACAAGUCGCAGAAGCUUCUGAUGCUGUUCAGGGAGCAAAGGCAACGAGAACAGCCGUCGCCAAACAGAGACGAAGCUCCUAGGAAAACCGUAUCGGCACCAUUACCAAUGUCUGUACCUGCUCCAGCUUCAGGUCCAGAGUCGGAAGUAAAACCUUUGACUAAAUCAAUCUCCAGAAGGAAGACGAUGACAAGACCGUUUAGCUUCUUCUGGAAGAAAAGCUACUCGAUCCACCAUUGA